GGUGCCCUGAACCUCAAGCGCCAUUGCAAGGAUUUGUGAUGGGAACUGGCCGGCAGUAUGGCGACCGGGUCCGCUACGCUUGUAGCACCGGCUAUCGGUUAAUUGGGGCAGACGAUUCCACCUGCCAGGCGGAUGGAACUUGGUCGACCGUGUCGCCUCAGUGUGAAGCCAGCUCUGACUUGCUUCGCGCCUCCUCCAGCCGUUCCCCACACGAUAGCUCCGGCAUCCGGAAAGCCAAUAACCACCGGAACGCAAAUGAUUCUUCGCUGCCAGGAAGGGUUCACACCGGUCGGUGACAUGACGCUUCAGUGUUUGCACAAUCAACAGUGGUCCACUGUCAAGGGCCAUUGCAAGAGAGUGCACUGCAGUCAUCCAGUUGCUAAAGGAGCAGCUUCUGUGGUGGUCAUCAGUGGAGAGGCUGAUGCUGGAAGUGGACAGUACCAUUUCGGGGAUCGACUUCUUGUUAGCUGCAAACAUGGUCGCCAUCUAAAGGGAAGUAGUGCCAUAUUAGUUUGCCAGGCAGACGGCCAAUGGACGGGUCAGCCUCCGGUUUGCGAAUCUCAAUGCGAUACGGUUUGUCUAAACGGAGGCUCCUGCAAUUCCAACAAUCGUAAAUGUACUUGUCAGCCUGGAUACAGCGGGGACCGUUGUCAACACGCUCAUUGCAUUCUGCCUUGCUUGCAUGGAGGCACUUGUAUUGCACCAUAUCGUUGUGCAUGUCGACCUGGACGCACUGGAGAACGAUGUCAAACACCUGUUUGUGACCAGCCGUGCUUAAAUGGAGGUCGCUGCGUUUCACCUAAUGUUUGUACGUGUCCACAUGGAACAGUAGGUCCUUCUUGUCGUAAGCGCAGUGAUAUCUUCUCUUCGAGAGGCUGAAACUUGAAUUGCUCUUCCGUUGGGCCCAAUCAUCAAGCUUCCUCUGUUGCAUGGAAAAUGUAGAAGCAAUGUAGAGAAGUUUUAAUUUGUUGCGUUUAACUGCAGCAUUAUCAUCUGAAUAAAAACUGUUUCCAUCAAAAUAUGAUAUUAUGUAAUACACGAGAUAUAGAAAAUGUA